ACCAAAGACCAGAGACUCGCCAUCAAGAUGGAUGAUCUUCUCUGACUACAGAGUCUUCACCUCAUCUUGUCAUUAGUAACUCUCUUGAAAACAAUAAGUGUAACUGUAGUUCCGUAGUUGUAAUUGCUAGACUGCUCCAUAAUGCUUCGCCAAUUACAGUCAAGUUUCAGAAAAGUUAUAACAUACAUCACAUCAUCAAAUGCUGAUGAACAAAUAUCGAUCACAUCAUCAAAUGCUGAUGAACAAACCUCCAUCACAUCCUCAAAUGCUGAUGAACAAAUAUCGAUCACAUCAUCAAAUGCCGAUGAACAAACAUCCAUCACAUCAUCAAAUGCUGAUGAACAAACAUCCAUCACAUCAUCAAAUGCUGAUGAACAAAAAUACAUCACAGGAUCAAAUGCUGAUAAACAAACAGAGCCAGUUGAGAAUUCAGAACCUGUUAAUUCACCACCAAGUGGUUGUAUUUCUGAGGAGGUUGAGUGCAGUAAACGGCUUGCUGAUGCUGUUAAACAAAAACGCAAACCACAAUCACGGGUAGGAUCUCUCUCUGUGUACAAAACUCCCCUGAAAAAAGAACACAUUAAUAUAACAGGAUGCAGGAGUUUUACUUUUGGGAAACAUUCCACUAAAAAUAAUCGCACAAUAAUGGUUCUUGGAGCAACCGGUGCUGGAAAAUCAACCCUCAUUAACGGAAUGAUCAACUACAUUCUAGGUGUUGAAUGGAAGGACGACUAUCGUUUUAAAUUGGUAGAUGAGGGUCAGUCCAAAUCACAAGCUCACAGCCAAACAUCUGAAGUCACAGCUUACAAGAUCAACCACCAGGAGGGUUUCAAAAUAGAGUACUCACUGACUAUUGUAGACACUCCAGGCUUUGGAGACACAAGAGGCAUAGACAGAGACAGGGAAAUUGUAGAGCAGCUACGUAAUCUCUUCUCUGAUCAUCGUGGUGUCACAGAAAUUGAUGCUGUGUGUUUUGUAGUUCAGUCUGCUUUAGCACGACUCACACCAUCUCAGAAAUAUGUGUUUGAUUCAGUUCUCUCAAUCUUUGGCAAAGAUGUGGCAGAAAACAUCCGGAUUCUGGUGACAUUUGCAGACGGCCAGCAGCCUCCAGUUCUAGAGGCCAUCAAAGCUUCAGGUGUCCCAUGUCCUAAAACAGAUGACGGGCUGCCAGUUCACUUCAAAUUCAAUAAUUCAGCGUUGUUUGUAGACAACAAAUCAUCUGCCUCUAACAACAUAGCUGAUGAUGAAGAUGGAGGCUUUGAUCAGAUGUUUUGGAACAUGGGAACAAAAAGCAUGAAAAGAUUCUUUGCUGCUCUGAAUGGCAUAGAAACCAAAAGCUUGACUCUGACAAAGGAGGUCCUCAGAGAGAGACAGCAGAUUGAGAUUUCAAUUGAAAAUUUACAGAAGCAGAUUAAACUUGGGUUAGCCAAGAUGGAAGAAAUAAAAGAGACAACAAAACAACUCAAAGAUCAUGAAGCAGAGAUGACCAGAAAUGAGGAAUUUGAGAUUGAAGUAACUGUCACAAAGCCUUAUCAACAUGACAUUUCUGGUACUGGAUCCUACAUCACCAACUGUCAGGUGUGUCAUUAUACCUGUCACUAUCCUUGUGGGAUACCAGAUGAUAAAAAUAAAGCAGGUUGUGCUGCAAUGAGAAAUGGAUCCUGUAUUCAGUGCCCAAACAAAUGCCCAUGGAAUGUACACUUUAAUCAAAAGUAUAAAUGGGAGUAUAAGGAAGUGAAAGAAAAACAAACACUGAAAGACUUGAAAGAAAAAUAUCUGAAAGCCACAGGAGAGAAGGCGACUGUUCAGGGAGUGAUUGAUAAACUGAAGGCUGAAUAUGAUCGUCUGCAGACUGAGGAGGUGAAACUGAUUGAGAAAUCCUCCAAAUGUCUGAACAGACUGAAAGAGAUUGCACUGAAGCCCAAUCCUCUCUCCACUCCAGACUACAUUGACAUGCUGAUUGAAGGAGAGAAAUCUGAGGGCAAACCGGGAUGGAAAGAACGAGUUGACUCCCUGAUGGCCAUGAAACAAAAAGCAGAAUUAAUGGUUCAAGUAGAGAAAGGAAAGAAAUUCCUGCCGUGUCCAGAAUCUGCAGCCACAUCCUCAAAACAGAACCAAAUCCAACGUAAACAUAAAACCAAAGUCAGAAGAAAAGUAAAGUAAAGAAAGUAACGUCAAGCCAGUUACAGCCAUUUAUAUAUACAACCAUAUUUGAGUUGUUUUUGAGUUUUUGGAGUGAAAAUAAUGUCCAAACGGAGUGAAAAACAAAAAUAUACCAUUGUGCCAAGGCUGUGCCAGGGUGUGCCAAGGGUGUGCAAAAUGGACAACGCCUGGGCAUAGCCCUACAACAACAUGUGUGAAACACUCAUUUCUUAUAGUAUUGCUAUGAAAUUUUGACCUGAACUAGGUAAGACCCCAGGUUCUUGCACUAUUGUGUUUUCAAGCUCUCACAGUGCUGCCACACUUAUUUUCAGGUGUUUUAUUAGGGAAAAAAUGUAGGCGAGAAAAAAAUUCAUCCUAAUUCAGUGUGUGCCAACAUCAAAUACUCUGUGCCAGUAGCACCUAGAGUAAUUCUGACUGCACUGGGUGAACAUUCCGGUUGUCAGCUUUCAAAUGAGACCAGAACCAUGCCUGUACUCCAAACAGUUCAAGAACAGCAUUCAAUUUACUUUCUGUACAUCUUCAGUAGAAAUUUCAGGCGGAAUUGACUGCAGUUUAUAGGGUUAAUCAGCCUCAUAAUAGACCAGACUGAGUAGCUUCUCAUCUUUUGUCAUCGUAUGUGAUUAUGUUGUGACCAGCGUCAAGCACUGAGGUCUAAUAACACCAAGACCAUGAAACUCCUUGGCUGAGGAGUCCAGUUGUCUUCACAAGAAAGCUAAAGCUGUGCUGUGUGAAGGACAGAUACUAUUAUAAGUUUACAUUUUGUGUUUUUUUCUGGGUCAGAUCUCUGAACCUGAGCCUGGUGUCGGAGCUCUGCCCUUUCACCUGGAAUAUUCACUUUGCAUUUAUCCUCCAGAGAAUUACUCACUGUUACUCUUUUUAUUCUUUAAUAAAUUACAAAGACAAAUAUUGUUGGACCUUGACUGUUUUUGCUGCGGCUCAUCCAGAUUCUCCACAACAUCAGCAUCAAAGGUUCUGCUCUGAAAUAGUUCAAGUUGUUUGUAACAGAACAAAGCUUCUCACUUUUCUGGGGUAAUUUUUUUCCACUGCACCCUUGAUUACUUGUGGGGUUCCCCAAGACUCCAUUUAGGGCCCAAUACUGUUUCAUUGUUGUGCUCUUUUAGGAAUUAGCAGUUAUUAAUCUUACUGAAAAGGUAGAAAACCAGAUGGCAGGAGAGCAAACAAAAGAUGGCUGGAGGUCCAAACAAAGUCCUAAGAAAAGGCCCAAGUUUAUAUCAAAACUUCUGUAGAAAAUUAAAAUAUCCAAACUGAAUGCACAAACCAAGUUAGAAGUCGUCCAGCCAGAGGCUCCUGGAUGUUCUGAGAUCCAGAUACAAAAACAGAGCAACCAAAGAAACCCAUCUCUUCUCUUUAGAUUUAGAUUUAAGUAGAGCUGGAUAAUGUGACGUCUUUCUUUUCAUUUUGUUGUAACCUUUCAUUCCUAUAAUGUUAUUUUCUUUAGAUUUGUCUUCUACUCAUUGUGUUUCAUUGUCUGUUUUAAUUGUGCAUCACUUUGGUCAACUCCUGUUGUUUCAAAUGUGCUUAUAUGAUAUUUUCAGCUUUGAUUAGUAAAAACAUGGUUCCUACUGAAAGAUGGAGAAAAUAAUAAACCACUGAAAACUGACAAAA